UCAUAAAGGAAAACAUUGGAGAGUCGAUCACAGCUCUGUGCAUACAUGUCGCAUUUUCUUCAAAAAUUCUCUUCUGGGUUGCACAUCCAGACAGAUACAAGCCCUAAAAUCGAGCACUGACAUACUGGCAUCGUCGUCCGACUCCGAGAGCGGUGGUUUGACCCCUCCACCGCGGAAAAAGCUUAAAACUUGCGUCAGUAUGCAGACCAAUGGUACUACACAGCAACACAAUGGAGAAACCGUGGAGAUGCCGUCAGUUUCGCAACAAAACGGCACCUGUGAGGGGACGUUCAAUGGUGAACUAACAGAUAAGCCUUCUCCACAAAAGACAAUGUCAAGAUCCGAUGUGGAUAUUAUACGAUUGAUUGGACAACAUUUAAGAGGACUCGGACUAAAUCACACAGUUGAUGAGUUGAUAGCGGAGUCAGGAUGCAUGUUAGAACAUCCAGCAGCAGCCAAGUUCAGAUCUCAUAUAAUGUCAGGAGAGUGGAGUAAGGCUGAUGAAGAUUUGGAGGAUCUGAUUACACUAGUGGAGAAGUCAGACAGUAUACUGGAGAUGCGUUUUCUUAUUAUGGAGCAGAAGUUCUUGGAGCUGCUGGAAGAUGGACAUGUUCUAGAGGCUUUGCAGUGCCUAAGACAUGAACUGACCCCACUGAAAUAUAACACAGAAAGAGUUCAUGAACUCAGCUCGUUUAUGAUGUGUAGUAAUCCAGAAGAUUUACACGAGAUGGCAGAAUGGUCGGGUAAAGGUCAAGAGACUAGACAGAAGCUCAUUGAAAAACUUCAAGCAUUCCUGCCUCCAUCAGUAAUGUUACCUCCACGAAGGUUGAUGACGUUACUGAACCAAGCUGUAGAAUUACAGAAAGAAAAAUGUCCAUAUCAUAACACCAAGUCCACCAAUACUCUAGAAGAUGUCUCACUUUUACUUGAUCAUGUCUGUAGCAAGGAGCAGUUUCCAUGUCAGACAGCUCAAGUGCUCAAUGAUCACUGUGAUGAUGUCUGGUUCCUACGUUUCUCACCGGAUGGCACUAUGCUGGCUACCGGCUCAAAGGACGGUACUCUCAUAGUCUGGGAUGUUGAAAAGGAAUCGGGCACAGUAAAACACAAAAGAACAUUUGAAAACCAUUCAUAUGGGGUAUCAUAUCUAGCCUGGAGUCCAGACUGUACAUACAUCAUAGCCUGUGGACCUGACGACUGCUCUGAACUCUGGUUAUGGAAUGUCUUGACUGGCGAAUUAAAGGUGAAGAUGAGUCAGUCUCCUGAAGAUAGUUUAACCAGUGCAUCAUGGCAUUGUGAUGGCAGAAAGUUUGUUACAGGAGGUGUUAGGGGACAGUUUUAUCAAUGUGAUUUAGAUGGUAAUGUAUUAGACUCCUGGGAAGGAGUGAGGGUACAAUGUCUUGCCUGCCAGGUAGACGGUAAACUUGUUUAUGCUGCCGACACACACUUCCGCAUCAGAGGUUACAACUUUGAUGAACUUACAGACUGCCAUUUAAUUCAGGAGUCACACCCUAUCAUGUCUUUCACAUUAAAUGAAACAGGACGGCUAUGCCUGCUGAAUAUAGCAAGUCAGGGAGUCCAUUUGUGGGACCUUAAAGAUCGUGUUCUUGUACGUAAAUUUCAAGGUGUCUCACAAGGAACCUAUGCAAUACAUUCAUGUUUUGGUGGUCUCAAUCAGGAUUUUGUUGCUAGUGGAAGUGAAGAUAAUAAAGUAUAUAUUUGGCAUGUGAGACGUGAGAUGCCUAUCACUAUAUUAGAAGGUCACUCACGCACCGUCAACUGUGUUCAUUGGAAUCCCAAAGUGCCUAGCAUGCUGGCGAGUGCGUCAGAUGAUGGCACAGUACGGGUCUGGGGUCCAAGAUUAUCUACCAAUUCAAAAACAGGAUCAAACUCUAGUUGUAUAGAAUCUGGUCGGAGUACUCCUGUAUAACAUAGACUCAAACUUAGGCUUCCAAAUUAUCAUCAACAUCGUUCAAAUGCAUACAGAAUGGAUGAGCUGUUAAUGGACUACAGCUGCUCAUUUCAUUACCAGUGUCGGAACUACCUUCAUCAAACAUAGGAAAAUGAUCUGCUUGAUUCUGUGUUUUGAACUAACGGGCGAUAAUCUGACAUAGAGUGAAAAGUCGCCGAGUUUCUGUGUCUCGGAUUAUGAAGAGUUCAUACAAUGCUGCCAGCAUGUAUCAUUAUUUAUUUGGGAUUUGUUUGAAUGUGACAGUCAUUUACAUUUUAGUCAAUUUAAUUAUUCUUUGUUGUCAUAUUCACAUCCAACUUCAUGUGAAAUAAUAUCAUGUUCAAAUCUUACGCAUCUUUUUCUCAAGAAGAUUUUGUCAUACAGUUUUCAUUGAUAAUGUCAUGUCUGGCUGUAUUUUUAAUGGGUGAUUUUUUGAAAAUUGUGUGACUGAUAUCAUAGGUCAUCUGUUUUGUAAUUUUUGGAUUGAACGCAAGUUUUUGUUUUCUCCUUUGAAAAAUAGGACUAAGUUUUUGAAAGAAGUCAGAUUAAAAGCAAUUAAUUGGAACUCGGUUUGUUAUAUACAUACGCCUGGCCCUAUAUCUAUUUAGUUUGUAUUAUCUAAGUUCCAAGUAAUAAUUUUCCAUUUUUAUUUGGAGGAAAAAAAAUGGUUUAGAAGUAGAAAAAGUAUUUUCUAAACUUGACAUGUUUUGUAACCUGGAACAUUCAAUAACAUAAAAAAAAUCUGUCUGAAGAAAUGGUUUGCAAAAUUUAAUAAGGUAUUAUUUCAACAUGUCUUGAAUGAAGAGCGAAUAUAGCUGGAAUGGUUGAUGGUAUUUUUUGACAGCUAUUAUAUUUACCAUAUCUUUAUAGAGCAGUCUUGUGUAAGUAAGAAAAAUUCAAUGAAUAAACAAAUAAAAAGUAAACUGUGAGUUACUGAACUUGGUCUGAUCUGGUUGAACUUUGGUAUAGUUCCUGAACUCGGAUAUAGCAUUAUUCGGUAUAUAUAAAUAAGUUGUGAGUGCCGGGAUCCAUUCAUUUUAUAGCAGCUGCUUAAAGAAUCAUACACAGACAGUAUUAACACAUUGGUCAAAUUAAAGAAAAAUGUUUGUUCUACAGCAACUUUCAGGUUACAUCUAGCCUGUUAAUGUAAGUAGAUUAUAUUCACAAAUUCUUAAAAACUUCUUUGGCAUCUCCAGAUAGUAAGAAAAUUGUAAGUCUCUUCUUGCUUUCAAUUAGCCAUAGAAUAUUCCUGAAUCUACUUUACCAGCAAGAGAACCAUGUUGCUGUGUAGUAAUCGGGGCUUUUCAUCCAUAUAUAACAGAGGCAGUUAUUCAACAAUUUUUCAAUUGAAAACAAGUUUUUUUUCCAGUUAUGACAGAGAAACUUUAAAAAUAAAAAAAAAAUCAGCGAUUAUUUUUCACAAAGGAAACAAUGAGCUCAUGUUAGGAUUAGGAAAGCACACAAUUUCCUCCUCUGCAGAAGGAAAAAAUGUUGGUUUUGAUAAAUUGCUCUUCCCUAAAUGAGCAAUUAUAAUACAUGAAUUCCCCAGUUUAAAAUGUCAGCUUCCAAAUGUCCUGAUGAGAAGCCCUGGGAAUUGGAUAAUUAUUUUGAAGAAGGUGGCUUAUUGAGUUGUUGUGUAGUCUGUUCUAUUUAUUUCUGAAAAUCAUGAGAAAAUGUUAACAAAUGUUUUAAACAGCUGCAGGUGUUACUAUUUUUAUAAACAAGUAUAAAAUAACCAUGUGUGUCAUUGUUUAUGUCUGUAAUUUUGUGCUAAAGUUGAUACUGUAAGCAGUGUGAUAAAUCAUGUACAAGUUUAUUUGUUUGCAUGGAAAUUCAGCCCUCCGUGUUGGAACAUAUGUUGAGGAUACAUUUGUUUUUUAUGUUUGUAUAUAUUCAAAAAAGACAGAUUUUAUUAUGGGUAUUAUUUUGUUUUUAUUUCCAUUUUUGCUUGUAAAUUGUUGUGGAAUGGGCUUGUUUUAGUAUAACCCUGAUUAUUGAUUAUUGUCUCCCUUGUUAAAGAGUAUCCCAGAUUGUGCUUGAGAAGAAAGAGUGUUGUCACAGUUGUGCAGCCACUAUUUGAUUGCUGCAUUUUACUAAUUAUUAUAUUUACAGUAGAGAGGUUGAGAUUUCAUUCUUGGACUAGUUCGCUUAAUUGUAGGAUUUCGUAAAGACUGCCACUGUGGAGUUCAAAGUCAGAACAUUACAGUUCUUGCCUGGUCAGCUCGGUAAAACAGAAGGUAGAGCGUAAGGCUUUGGUCAUGACUUUGAUUCCACGGGUAAGGCAUAAUUAUGUUCUCUGAUCAUGUGACAGAAGAGAACAUGUCUGGAAAUAUUUAUCCUCCACCUUUGGUGCAUGUAGAGAAAUCGUCAGUUACUUGUAGAGAACAAGUCGGUGUUGGUACAGAAUAAUUGCACAUUGUCUAGGUUAACUGACCACUGUUUCAUAACAGAAAUACUAUCGAUAAACAAAAAUAAACCAAAAUCAAACAAACAAAUGUCAAAAUAUUGAAAAUUUUUACCAAAUUUAAAGAAGUGUGUUAAUGAAACAUUUGUAAAACUAAAAACAGAUUUACUUUCACACUCUUUACUGUAGAAGCAAGUGUAUACAGGGAAAAGUUGUACUAAUCUUGCUUCAUAGAAUGACUUUUAUGCAUCCAUUCAAAAGUUGUUUAAAACCUGUCAGGAAACAGACAGCUUGAAAUCUGUAAUCUAACUGACUGGUGAUGAACUGAAGAAUUGUUUCAAACUUUUAUUACACUGCAUAGUUGUAUUGCAGAAUGCUCUGUAGAAAAAUAUGUUCAGCUUAAAGCAUGUGAACAAAAUGUCUAUUUUAAAUAUUCAACAUUUUUAUGAAAUUCUCUACAAAUUUUCAUAAAAGAUUAUUCCAGUUUUACUGAAAUUAGUGACUUAAGAUUAAUUUUGCACUUCGUUAAUUUAUAAACUUGGUUUGUACUUGAUAACAAGGUUCAGUCAAAUUGUUUGUGCAGAUUUUGUUUUGUGAUAAACUACUCACUUCGUUGUUAAUUUUUCUGUCUCUUCUGUCAUUAGGUUUAAAAUUCCAAAAACAGUAAGGAUUUCUUUUCCUAUUUGUCACAGUUCUUCAGUUUGCAUAGAGUUUUACAAAGCAUUUUUGAGAAUGAUUUGUUUGCUUUUCAUUUGACAGUUGCUUUUAUUAUGUUCUGCUUGAAAGAAUUGUGCUUUGCAUGAAAAGAACUUGCUACAAGUGCUUAAGAGUUAUGUUAUGCAAAUGUUUUUGUAAGUAUGGCACAUUUAUGUGCAUUUGUUUCUUGAGGUUUCUAAUGGAAAGAUAUAAAAAUUGUAUUUGGAGUGAGAAUAUUGAUCGAAGCACACAUUUGGCCAAACACAGCAAGUGCAGCCUGGUUUCUGCCUCCCAUAUUAGUUAGACUUUCCGAAGAAUAAGAGAGGCUAUUGCACUCACCCUGGCUUCAGCGUUUUUUUUUUUGUUUUUGUUUUUUUUUUAAGUCCAAUAUCUUCUUAAUUACUAAAGAUGUUCACUUGAAACUUGGUAUAUUUGCUCAUAGUGGCAAUACAUUAAUUAAUAUGACAAGAUAUGUUACUCUACCUCAGUAUUUGUAGAAUUACACUCCUUUUUAAUUUAGAAUCUUUUAAAAUGUUUUUCAGAGUAUAAUACUGUGAUUUUAACCAUUGCAACUACUACCUUAAAACCUCACAUUCACACCCCCCCCAGGUAAUAUCAAAAGAUUACAACAUCAAGUCCCAUAACUCGAGCAUAAAUUUAAAAAAAUAUUGUCCCCAUUUUGGACUUUAAUUUAUGUUGAAGUUUCUCAUACAAGUUGCUCUUUCUAAAGUCAGUGCAGAUAUUUAAUUGAACUUUAUAGAGUUAUUGAGAUGGAUUAUGGUAAAAGGUCUCCAAAACUAAUGUAGAUACUUGCUUGAAACUUAACACAUACAUUUUGUGCAGUUAAACAAGAUCAAAGCAUCAAGCCAUAUAAUGAAUUUGGACAAUAGACCUACUCUUAGAUGAAAAAAUCCAUUUUACUGACAUGUCUUCGAAUAGGUGAGCAUGCUCUCUAUAGACAGCUCUUUAAAAUAUAUCAGGAAAGUAGGGAUGGGAACGAAUACUGAAAUCAAUAUUCGAAUAUUCGGUUUGCCAUAUUCGAAUAUAUUCGAAUAUUCGGUUUGUUUUAAUGGAAGCUUUAAAUUCUUAUUAAGUGAUUGGCAUAUACACAACGUAUUCAUUUGUUUAAAGCGUGGAUCAUCGCAAGUAAUAAGGCCAAAAAAUAUUUGUUUCGGGUAACCCGAUCCUACCUAGCUAAACCCGCCGAUCCUAGCGUUUUAUUUCACGAUUCUGUCAGUAUAACCAUGAAUAUAUUUAACUAAUUCAGUGUUUUAGCUUCAAAAU